GUCUCUAUGCUGACUACGUGCGUCGUAUUUCCCUCUCCACACGCCUCCAGAAGCUGUGAGAGCCAUUCGAAAUAAACAAGAACGACGGGGGCCAUUGUGUCACUAGCCCAAGUGGCCAGUAUCACGUUUAUCACCAUUCGAGGAAGAGAGGGGUACCACCCUACCUAAGUUGGCAUCAACAAAGCCCCACAUCUCACGUUAUUUAUUUAUUUUGUUACAUAUGCUUACGUUUAUUUCUGACUUUUUUCCACAAUCUGAACUCCACCUCUAUCAAAUAAGUGCAAACACACGGAGACGUGAGCAAACCCAACUCAUGGUCAUGUUCCCCCACGCUCCCCUCCCAAUGGUUGGUCCAUAGUCAGGGCCCCAACUGAACCACAAACUGACUGCUGUACUCCUUGGCCGGCUACCACAACCCCCCCCCACCCCCCCCACCCCCCCUCCUUCCCCACACUAUCCGCUCCAACCAUGGCCAGCAAAAGGAAAUCCACCAUACCCUGUAUGAUCCCCCAUAAGACCAUGCACCUCCGGGAGGAGCUGGAGCAGGACUCGUGCCUGUCAGACCCUCUCUCCCUCCUCCGACAGGCCCGGGAACAGGGCUACCCCUCUAUGGGUGCGAGCGGUAACGGGCAGAGCCCCCGGGAGCGAUCCCCAGGAAAAUCCUCCAGGCCUGAGGGGGGCAAUGAUGUCAAAGAUGGGUGUGGCACCUACACGUGCAGGCCGUGUAACUUUGAGACCCAGGACCUAAACCUGUUCCUGGACCACGUCUACAGUGGCCACCCGGACUUCAGAGCUGACCCCAGCUUCCAGUGCGUGGACUGUGGGGUGUCAGCGGCCAAAUUUGAGGGCUUGGCCCUGCACAACGCCCAGGUCCACCCCAGCACAUUGUGCACCACCCUGCAGCUGAGGAGGAGGGACAGGAGGGUGGUGGUGGAGCAGAGUCUGGUGACAGGGUCAGAGACCGGGAGGGACACAGAGAUCACCAUCACCAAGACCCCCAUCAUGAGGAUGAUGAAAGGGAAGUCAGAGUCAAAGAGGUUUGUAGUGUCCCAUUCCUCUCCUGAUGAACCAUCCCCAGACCCCCUCCCCAUCUCGAAGUCCAAGGAGAUGGAGAGAAAAGAGACCCCCACAGUGACGGUUACCCACGUCCCUACCAUAGUGCACAACGGGACAGCCACCAAGGUCACGCUCCCCUCUGCUAUCCAGAUAGUGAAUGGCUCGGGGGCUCUGCCCAUGCUCAAGACUGCCAUCACACAGGUGGUGUCAGUGGUCCAGAACAGGAACGUCUACCAUCAGACAGCUCCCAUCACAGUGUCCGCUGCCCUCUCCUCCUCCACCUCCUCCUCAUCCACCUCCUCCAAGAACAUGCCCAAGGUGAUGAUCCCUCUGAGCAGCAUCCCAACCUACAGCGCCUCUAUGGACUCUUCCUCCUUCCUCAAGACGUCCUUCAGUAAGUUCCCCUAUCCCACCAAGGCAGAGCUCUGCUACCUCACCGUGGUCACCAAGUUCCCAGAGGAGCAGAUCAACAUCUGGUUCACCGCCCAGAGACUCAAGCAGGGCAUCAGCUGGUCUCCAGAGGAGAUAGAGGAGGCCAGGAAGAAGAUGUUCAACACCAUCAUACAAACAGCUCCUCCUAGCACCCAGUACCAGCCAUUGAGCCAGACACACCACAGUCCAGCCCAGCACACCAUCAGGGUCCUGCCUGCCUCUCUGGGGCCAACAGGGAUCCCUCACAUCCUCCAGGGCUCUCUGGUGGGUCAGGGUGGGGUGAUUGUCACCCAGCCCAUGAUGGCCAACAGCAUCCAGGUCACCAGUGCCCCCAUGGCCCUGGCGGUCACACCCAAGCACCAGGCUGCAGCCCGCCCUAUGAUGCAGGCCCGGCCUGCUGCCGCCCUAGUGGCCGAUAAGGGGAUCAGCAUGGUGGUGGAGAGCAGUAGUAUUGGGAACAACAUCAUCAUCAGUAGCCGUAAUAGUGGAGGGAGUAUCAGUAGUAGUAGAAAUGGUGCAGGGAGUACUAGUAAUGGUGGAGGGAGUACUAGUAGUAGCCGUAGUAGUUACAAUAGCAGUAGUUUCAGCAGCCAUGCUAGUGUUAUUAACCUUAGCUUUGGCAACAACAGGGGAAACAGCAUUUAUAGCAAUGGAAAAGUCAUCAACGCCAAUGGUAAAAUCAACCAUGCUAUUGCUAAUCUCAGUGGGAAAAGCAACAGCAAUGCUAUCAGCAUGGUUAAAAGCAGCAGCACUGACAGUAGGUGCAAAAGCAACAGCAGUACUAUUGCUAAAAUGAUAAGUGAAAGUCAAGUAACCGCUGAUAUUAAAAGCACCAUGGACAACAAACCCAACAGCAGCAAAGAUACUAACAGCAGCAGCUUGAGCAACAAGAAAACAAUCACCACAACCAGUGGCCCCACAGCCACAACUACCCCUACUGCCACCACCACCAGUAACCCCACCACCACCAGUAACCCCACCACCACCAGUAAUCCUACCACCAUCAAAACAGAGGCGGCAUCUUCCCCCUCCACCAAACCUUCCUCCUCAUCUUCUCCGGCGCAGAGCGGGAGCACUGACGCCAGUGGAACCCCCAGCUCCAGAACGCUCCCCAACACCUUCCUGGACCCCGGCUUCUACAAGAGCAAGAAGACCGUGGAGCAACUGAGUGCGCUCAAAGAGAGCUUCACCAACAACCAGUUCCCCAACCAGGAAGAGGUGGACCGUCUCAUCUCCUUCACCGGCCUGACCGUACGCGAGGUCCGUAAGUGGUUCAGUGACCGCCGCUACCACUUCCGCAACCUCAAGGGGGGGCGUUCGAGCACGGGCGGUCAGGGGGGUGCUAGCGCAACGACCACACCUGGGUCGGCUAGCGCAACGACCACACCCGGGACGCCCCGUGGUAACAGUGCUACCCCCAUGGACCUCUCGGACACUGCCACUCCCAGUGAGAACACUAAAACCUCCCAGCAGGGGUUGGCAGCCCUCAGCCCCCCUCCCUCACAGACACCCACCUCCCCCACCACCCCGUCCAGACGGCCACCCAGACCCCCCUCCCCGGACUUCACAGCCAUCCGCUACAAAGAGAGGGACCCUCAGCAGGUGAGGGCGCUGGAGGCCAGCUUCAGCCAGGACCCUGACCCCCCUGGAGAGGAGGUGGACCGCCUCCGGGCCGAGACCAAAAUGACCCGUAGAGAGAUCCACGGCUGGUUCGCUGAACGCAGGAAGAGAGUCGCUGCUGAGAAGAAGAAAGAGGAGUUGGAGAGGGCGGAGCAAGCAGAUGAGAUGGAGGCAGGGGGAGGGGGGGAGGGAGGUAAGAGUAAGGAUGAUGUCAGGGUGAAGAAAGAGGAGGAUGGUUCAGGCUCCGAGCUGAAGGUGAACCCAAUUAAGAUCAACCUGAAGAUGCUCAAAGUGACUGAGUCAGAUGGCAAACUGGAGUCUGAGGGCGGGCAGGCAGAUAGCCCCACCAUGCCUACCCUGUCUCCCUCCCCAGACCCAACAUCAACCCCCACCCUUACCCCUGCUCCAUCCACAAUUCCAAGUCUAACCCCAAAGCCAUCUCCAUCACCUAAACCCUCCCCCUCUACAACCCCAAAACCAGCAGCACCAUCUUCCACCCCUGCCCUCAAGCCCUCUGCGUCCCCCAAACCCUCCCCUAUCCGGGGCAAGAAGACGUUAGAGCAGCUCCACCUCCUGAAGCAGGUCUUUGUCCGGACCCAGUGGCCCAGCGCAGCCCAGUAUGACGAGCUGAUCUCUUCGACAGGGCUGCCCAGGCCUGAGGUAGUGCGUUGGUUCGGGGACUGUCGCUACGUGCAGAAGAACGGCCAGCUGAAGUGGCUGGAGGCCUACCAGACCAUGGUACUGAAGGAGGACUUCCAGAGGGGAGACACUCAGAUGCUCAAGGCCCAUCUGGAGGCCCACGGGAGUCUGGAGGAAGAACAGGUGUUGGAGCUGGCCCAGGCUAGUGGGCUGACCGAAGAGCUGGUACGACGCUGGUUCUCUACCCAGGCUCCUAUACUUCUGCAUGGGAAGGACAGGGGUGUUGCAGCCACAGAGGAGACACCCGUGGCAGGGGGAAUAACACCCAACCCAGCACCCAUGGAGGAAGGAUCGUCAAAGCCGGUUCAAGAGGAGAAGAUGGAACAGUUGGUGUGUGGAGGAGCGAAAGAUGAGAGGAGCGUGGACACCAAGGCUGUGAAUCCUGAAAAAGGAACAGACUGAGCUGUCUAGGGCAGGGUUUCCCAAACCCCCCGGUGCACGGUUUUGGUUUUGCCCUAGCACUACACAGCUGAUUCAAAUAAUCAAAGCUUGAUGAGUUGUUUCCAUCAGCUGUGUAGCGCUAGGGCAAAAACCGAGCUUGGGAGACCCUGGUCUAGGGGUGGCCCAGAGAGACAAUGCAGGUGGUCUUUGCGAGUGCAUGACAGCAGAUGUGAUUGUAACUGGAUCACUAGAAAUGGACCCUGAACUCCCCCCUACCCACACAACCACCCCUUUUACUGGGGAUGGACACUGAACCCCCCCUUCCCACACAACCACCCCUUUUACUGGGGAUGGACACCGAACCCCCCCCCCCUUCCCACACAACCACCCCUUUUACUGGGGAUGGACACCGAACCCCCCCCCUUCCCACACAACCACCCCUUUUACUGGAGAUGGACACUGAACCCCCCCCCUUCCCACACAACCACCCCUUUUACUGGGGAUGGACACUGAACCCCACACAACCACCCCUUUUACUGGGGAUGGACACUGAACCCCACACAACCACCCCUUUUACUGGGGAUGGACACUGAACCCCCAACUCAACGCUAUGCUGAAGAUGGCCACCACCUCCUGUCUGCUUUCCAUUUUUCCUACACCCCCACAUCCUGUAAUCUGCCAUUUUCUCCUUCAAAAGAACAAGUUCCAGUUAAGUGCAGGAUUUGCUGAGGAAGGGGGGGGGGGUGUUUCUCUCCCCAUCCUCUCUUGUGAAUGGAGGGAGAGGGGGAGAGGUGUGGUUGGGAUUUUGACUCCAGCAGACGUGAAAGGAGGGUGUGGGGUGUUAAAAAAAACCUUGACUGGACAGAUAUUGACCAAUCCAAUCCUCCAGUGGGAGGGGAAGAGACUGACUGUAUCCAAGAGGUUUUUGGGGUAACAGGUUUUUUUAAUAAAGGAGACUUGAGGUGAAUAUUAAUGUGUCCUUGUUUUAACAUCAAGUGCUUCUGUUCUGUAUGUCAUGGACGUCUAUCUUUUCAUGGAUCUUUUUCUUAAAGUGUAACAUCUUGACUGACUGUAAAAGAAGUUCCAACAUACUUAGGCCUGUUGUAUACUUUUUACAGAUAUUUGCAGAAUAAACAAUGUAACAAA